ACGCGAGUCAGCUCAAUGCCCCGAUCGGCUUUGCCCCCAGAAGCGUGGCCCCCCCAAAAAGCAACCCCCUCUCCUUCCAUUCACCGCGAACAUAAAUGCGAGCCGAAAACCCUGCCGGGCCACUUCGUUGACACACGCGGCGAGACUCGCAGCAACAGCAACGGAAAGACGCCUCUCGAUCGACACGCCCGAGGUUUUUUUUUCACCGACCGGACUUCGCCACCAAAGGAAACAGCCAUGAAGUCCACAGUUGGCACGUCCCGUCUGCUGUUGCUUGCGGCCGCCUUUGCCGCCGUGCUGCUCAUGACGGCCCCGUUUGCAGUUGAAGCCGCCGCCAGGCAGUUCUGCUCGCCCAACGGAGACGUGUGCCUUGGCCCCCUGGACUGCUGUUCGGGCCAGUGCGUGAACGCCGUGUGCUGCGACGAGUACCUGGGAACCUGCCCGUUUGAUUACUAUGGUCCCUACUGGAGGCGCGACCGGAAGGUCUCCAUCGCCGCGGUGCCCAUCACUCCCGUACCGGAGGAACCUUCAACCUCCGCCACGGAGCUCGUCACCAGCGUGGAGAAGCAGGAAGAAGCAUCUACGCCGAAUACGCUGUAACUUUGAUGCUACAGCGCCUACGGCACUGCCAACCCAUCGGCUGUCGCGGCAGUUUUCUACUAUGCGGCACAUGUACAUAGCCGAAACGCAAACAAGCUUUUAUACCGCUG